AUGCUCAGAGGGCCCGGAGAAGGCAUCGCGUGUACUGUUGACCUGUCUCGCAAGAGCUUGUCUGCCAUGAUGGGAAACCAGAACUGCCACGCCGAGAUCACUUUCGAUGAUAAUGUCAAGUGGCUCGCGCGUUUUCGCCUCCCAAGAACCUCAUCACCGCCGAGGGAAGUCCGUGAUUGGAUACUUCGAAGUGAAGCUGCCACCAUGACUUACCUUCAACGGUGCACUUCCAUUCCCACGCCCAAUAUUUAUGAUUGGGCAUGCGAAUCUGAUCCAGAAAACCCGCUUGGAGUUGACUACAUUCUGAUGGAAAAGCUGGACGGAAAGCCUCUGGAUUGGCAGGCGGCGACACCUCAGCAGAAAGCGAAGAUCAUGAAGCAGUUGGUUGAUAUUUCCCUCGAACUUGAUAAGCAUCCUUUCGAAGCAAUAGGAUCACUCGUCUCCUCGGCGGGAGAUGUUAUGAACAUUCGAUGUCUCGCAGAUCAAUCGACAUUCCGGGUAGGAAAGGGGCCACUCGGUCCAUUCUCUUCCUCGCUCGAGGGCUUUCAGGCUAUGCUCGAGUCCUACCUCACAAUGAUAGCUAGCGGCGAGAUUGACCCCUGCUAUCCAGUGGACACCUACCUCGCCCAUCGAUUUCGCCAGGAUAUUGUAGGCGCUCUCUUUAAAGACGCCCCACUAGGCGAGCAAUUCUUUCUCAAGCACCCGGACGAUAAGGGUGACCAUAUUCUGGUUAACGACUGUUUCGAUAUUGUGGGUACCAUAGACUGGGAAUGGACGCAGACUGUCUCCAAGGCGGAGGCAUUCAGUUCCCCGUGUAUGAUGUGGCCGGUGGCUGAGUUCUACAACGGCUCUAAUGAGCUCUCCGCUGAUGAAUUGCAACUAGCUGCCAUCUUUCGCGAAAAGGGCCGUGAAGAUCUUGCCGUCUGCGUCGUCGAGGGCAGGAAGGUUCAGAGAUUUCUCUUCGCUCUUGGGCUUGAGAGCUCUUUUCUAGAUAUGCAGACACUUCCACAUCUCUUCGCAGGACUUCAGCGGGCCUUCAACUUUGAAGACGAGGAGUGGGAGGCAUGGAAGAGCAAGGCUCUCGAGAAAUGGAAAGAUGAUGACUUACUCCUUGGCUUGUUAGAACUAGAAUUAAAUGAGGAGGUGAAAGGGCUUUAA